AUGGGCUGCGGGAACUCCACCGCCACCAGCGCGGGCGCGGGCCGAGGUCCUGCAGGAGCAGCUAAAGGUGUAACAGAAGAAUCAAUAACAGAUGACCAGAGGAGAAACUACGGAGGGGUCUAUGUUGGCCUACCAUCUGAAGCUGUCGAUAUAGUGACCAUUCAAACAAAGACUGUACGAAAAAAUUAG